CUUGGUUUGCCCGUUUAGGAACUGGAAGUCAAGAUUUUUCUUGGUACGUUAUUUUCAAAAAAAGGAAAAACUCAAGGAAGUAGGCAAGAGUUGAAAAACAGGAUUCGACCCUUCCAAGUUGGUCGACCCUUCCUUCGGAUGGCAUUUUUGGACUCGCAAUUCAACAAGGCCAGUUUAUCCCAAAUAAAGAACACGAUCCGAGAAUUAAGUGGAAGAGUCGCCGGUUGGAGUUGCGAAUCAAUGAUGCCCCACAGAGGACCGGGUGGAGUCAACCAACUCGGAGGUGUUUUCGUCAAUGGCCGACCGCUACCAGACUACAUGCGACACCGAAUUGUUGAGUUGGCUCACUGUGGCGUCCGACCAUCGGAGAUCUCCCGUCAACUGCUCGUGUCCCACGGGUGUGUGAGCAAAAUUCUCGGAAGAUAUUACGAGACAGGCUCGGUGCGGCCCGGAGCGAUCGGAGGCAGUAAACCAAAAGUGGCUACUCCACGAGUGGUGUCGAAGAUUCUCGCGUACAAGGAGGAAAACCCUUGUAUUUUUGCGUGGGAGAUCAGAAACAACUUGCUGAGUGACGGAGUCUGUGACAAGAGCAAUGUACCGAGCGUCAGUUCCAUUAACAGGAUUCUGCGCAAUGCGGCUUCGGAAAAAGAACAACGCGCGGCGCACGAGAAAGCAAAACAGCACGUGCAACACCUUCAGCAGCAGAUUCCAAAUGCACCUCAGAUGAAUGGAUUUCAAGCUCAAAUUGGUUUUGCUCUACCACACAACGGUCAGACAGCACUACCUACUACUCUUCAGACCCUUGCACAACAGCUGCCCAAUCCGCAUCCCAUGCCGCAAGUUCCAACACCUGUCGAAAAACCCACGCAGGCUCCGGAGGUUGUGCAGAGCGUGGAAAAGAAUGACAAUGAACAUCGUGGUACGCCACAAAACGGCACGGAUCACAAUGGGAAAUCAGAAACAGAAUCAAAACAGAAUGGUCACCCAGAGAAUGGCGAAAAUGGAACAGUGGGCGAGGAACGCAAGAGAAAACAUGAUGACACAUCGGUGAUUGGUGAUCAAAGCGACGAGGACGUCAAGAAAGAGAGCAACGGUACAACAGACGUAAAUGGAAACGAAGGUCCAGACGCUAAGAAAAGAAAACUUGGACACAUUGAAAAUGGACACAAAAAUGAAGUGCCCGUGUACACUCGCGUAUCACCGACAUGGAUUAAAUACAACCCCGUGAUUCCGAGUGGAUUUGCCAUUGCAAGCAGCCUCAAUGGCUUGAACGCAAUCGCUGGUGAUCUCAAUGGUUUAAACGUCAACGUGAAUGGCAUGGGCGGUUUGAACGGCGUCAACGGGCUUGGAAGCGUUGGGGCGGUAAAUGGAUUGAACGGCAUAGCACAGAUGAACGCUGUUAAUGGGAUGAGCGGAAUGAAUGGAAUGGGAAAUGGUCUGGGAAAUGGAAUGAGCCUAAUGAACGGGAACAAUGCCAUCAACGGAAUCAAUGGUUUAGCAGGUAUUAGCACCAUAAAUGGUAUUAACACUUUGGGCAACAUCAGCUGUCACAAUGUGAACGGAAUGAACGCCAUCAGUGGGAUGCAUUCAAUGAAUGGCAUGAACGGCCACGCCAAUGGAGGAAUGACACAUCCUGGUAUGGACCAGGAUAGGUCACUCGGACAAAACGGGAUUAACGGCCACACAGAGAAUGUCCACUGGUCACCGCCCUACCCCAUGGUGUGUCUACCGGAUUCAAAUAAUUCCAACGGAAUGACCCAAACAAAUGGCAUAAACAAACAAGAUUCCUUUGCACCACAGAUUGCCUUUCAGAUAACCAACACACCCAGACCAGAUCUUCAGAACAAUUCUGCUAACUCAACCACUGUAUGCACAUCGGUUUUUGCACCCAUAACUACGGCAACGCCAAGAAAUCACUCUCUUACAAUGGCAAAUCCUUUGACUAAUGGCAUCCAAGCCAUGCAGUUCUCUCGACCAAUGGCGACCGAAUUUACACAGCCAAUCAUGAAGAUUAUGGCACCAGCCACGUUCCUGCCAUUAAGACCGUCUGGAAUAGCCUCCCUUGAUACCAUAACUCAUGGGUGAGCAAACACGCAGGAAAAGAGCGAUUAAAAACAAGGCAAAAAUUAAUGGCGAUGCCUUUUAGAGGGUUCUAAGCCCCUCGACGUGCGUUUUGGAGAAAAUGCGCAUCCAUCCGUUUAUGUAUCCUGAAAUUUUGUCAACCACGUAAGAUGUCAUUGUUACUUCGUAAGAGGUCAAUGCUUUUGUUUAUGACAAGGAGAAAGAUCAAUAUAUUUUUCAAAAACAUUUUUGACACCGGAAUAUUGUAUUCCAACGAAUUCGGAGAUAUCGUUUACGCUCGUAUUUAACAAGAAAAGGUAUUUACUCUUAUCUCAUUUAUUUUCACCGAAAGGUAAGCGUUCAUUGUAUGAUAUAGUCAGUAUUUAGAAACACUUUUACUGCAGAGUGUCUUUACAUGCAAUACCACUAACAUACCAGUCACGAGUUAUUUGUCGCUAGCCGAUAUCCUUAAAAUUCAAGGACCUGUCAACAUUACCCGUCGUGUUUAGCUGUGCACAUGCUUGCAGUCUUUUCUUAUUCAUGUCCUCACCUGCCUUUUAGUAACUAUAAUUUGAAUUGAAAGUAUUUCACUAACUCAAAAGUCACAUAAACGAUAUCGAUCGAAAUAUUAAUAAUCAUUCCGAAAUGAAUUUUAUUUUUCCUAGACUCGAUUAAUAAAUUUUCGGCUUCUCUAAAAGCAAAAAUUAUAAAGCCAGAUAUGCAUGCUAAAAAAAUUGGUUAUCGAACCCGAAAUGCUUUCGGCCAAUUAGGAGCACGAUUGGCAAUAAUUGCACCGUGUCACAAUAGCGCAGUCAUUUUCUAUAAACCAUAUAUACAACAUUUUCCUAUAAAAAGAUGAGAAUGUUGAGGUUGAAGUCAAAAUACUGUUGCAUCUACCUUUUUAACUUUUUUCUUCAACAUUUGAAAAUCAUCAUAGCAGCUGAAACUGCUUUGGCGACUUGUCGAACCAACAAGAUAUGCAUAUCCUAAUAUACCAUUUUUUGUCGCUCUUGCCUUCGAUGAAAUGCAAGUGAUUAGCAAAUGAAAACCUUCUUUGUUUUCUCGGUAACAUAAUGGCCAGUUAUCAUGACUUCAUCCAUGUAAUUUUACGAGUCAGAGCAACAUGUUCAUUGUCGAUUGCACCUAAUUUUUCAUUAGAGGACUUAAAUAAGUGUUGCCAAAUAUAAUAGAUUUAGUGCCUCGCUGCGCGCGCGCUGACGGCUCCGCUCUAUUCUGUGGCUUUGUAAAAAUAACACAAAAAUAUGCGACUGCCCAAUAAGGCUUCUUCUAAGCUUUAAAUUAGGCGUAAAACAUGAGGAAUAAAUAGAUUUGUAGCGAGUUCUUCAUUAAGAGAAAAAGAACUGCAGGAAUCCAGUUGGUUCUUGCCAUAACUGUGCUUAAGGCUGAUAUCCUUACGAAAGUAUUAUCUUUACGCUCCCACUGAUGCUUGAGUAAGUCUAUUAAGCUUGUUUUGUCUAUCUGAUAAGCCAUUUUCACUUUUGCUUUGCUGUAUAAAAGUAGUUGAACAGUUAUCAUAAACCAGAACAAACUGAGUAAACGUUUUAUUAAAAAAUAACCGCUGAGACUGAAGAAAUUGGGAAUAAACUUUACUGAAGAUGAAAGUAGGGAAGCCUUUAUCUGAUUUAAGGAGGAUUUUUCCUAUUGACUGAAAAGUAGAAACUCGACUUCUGACCCAUACGCCAACAGAUAAAUCAGGUGGAAUGCAAAAGAGGGUUAAAUUGAUGUUCCGAGCUCGUAGCUAAUCAGUAUAUAUCUCACAGGUGAAUAGUGAUUUUAUUGCGCAUUGAUUGGCUGGUUUGGAAGUGAUUAGCAAGUACUAUUUAUCUUUGAGCACCCACGGAGACAAAAUCGUGCGUCAAAACCUGAAUUUCCGACCAUUUUUUGACAGAAAUGAACCAUUAUUUUUGGUUUUUGUGUGGUUUAUACUAAAACAAUUAUUCACCUCAGUGUCGGUGAAUGUGGUGGAUAUUUACCUCGUUGCUUCGUGGCUUCGUGGCUCGGUAAAUAUCCACUACUAUUAAACAUGAAUUGUCAAUGGUUCUUAAAAGUAUGUGCCUUUCUUCUGAUAGGCCGCUGCAAUUACUUUAGUUCGGUUUUACGACACUCGUAUUAUACACCAAAAACAAAAUGCUCAGAUCAUCAGUUUUUCUGUUCCAUGACACAUUCCUCCUGAUUUCGUUGUGAUAAGUUACGUACGCCUUUCUUAUUAAUAAAUUAUCAUACAGCCCAACCACAGUGUCAUGCUAGGCAUGCCGGGUAAUAUGGCGGCUAGCCCGCUGGGGAAACUGGACCGAGAAUGUACAAAGUGUUUAUCAAGAGAGAAUAUAUUUUUCCAUAUUGCGUUAUUUAUCUGGUUAAUCAAUUAAUAGAUGUUCUCGUCGAACAUUGUUCAAAAUAAUUCCAAAUAUUUAUUCGUUAAUGUUAAGUUAAAUUUUGAGAUCAGCGAGCUUCUUUCAAAGAAAACAUUUCUCCGGUCUUCAAAUCAGAGGUAGUUUAGGUCCAUCGUUUCAUUUUAUGUUUGUUGGCAGAACAUCCGGCAUACUAGUUUCAGUUUUUAUAAAAGAAAAACUAUCCAAGUUUCUUUGAAAGAAGUUCGGAGAAUCAUCUUUAUUAUUACUGUUAAAGAGACGCAUUCUUUAUAAAGGAAACAAGCGAAAAAUUAUGUAUUUAAAUUUUAAAAUAUUGCAAUCGUAUGGAUUGCCCAUUGUUUAUUAGACGAAAUG